AUGAGCAAACACGCAGGAAUUAUUCAUCACUCUCCGGACCAAGGCAUUCUGCAUUUGCCGCUUCAAGAGGUCGAUGUGAGAGUAUGGAUGGUCGAUAUCUCUGCGAGGGUUGUGCUCUCGCAAGUGUUUGAGAACGUAUCAGAUAGCCCUACCAGCCGGGCCAAAUAUGUAUUCCCUCUUCCAGCGAGCGCUGCUGCUUGUGCCUUUGAGCUCGAGCAUGCCGAUGGCCGCGUUAUUGUCAGUGUCGCUAAGGAAAAGUCAGAAGCCGCACAAGCUUCCCUGAUAUUCACGAUCUCAAUUGGCUCGAUUCCCGCUCGACAGAAAGUCACAGCAAGAUUGACACUUCCGAUGGCUAUUGCCGAACGAUACGGCGAGAUUUCAGCAGCUAUGCUCGAUGCGUCUAUAACUAAUGAAAAUACGUUCAUCAAAAUCGCUGUGGACGUCAUAACCAGUGAAAAGAUACAGGAGAUAUGCAAUCCUACUCACCCGACGAUUGCUCGCAAACACUACAAGUCACGCAUUGGGAAAAAGUCUGAACGACGAAUGUUCGUAACUUGGUCGUCCAGUACGGUCCUCGACAAAGACUUCAUAUUGACAGUCCAUGCUCUUGGAUUCGACAAGCCUCGGUGUUUCGCUGAAGUCGAUCCACAGGGUCGUAAUACCAUUGCUAUGCAGCUCUCCUUUGUACCAAAGUUCAAAAUUCCUCCCUUGGAUUCACAAGAGUAUAUUUUCGUCAUCGAUCGCAGCAGAAGCAUGAAUGGAGCCCCGAUGGAAACCGUUAAGCGCACGCUGGAAAUGCUCCUUCCCCUUUUGCCAGACCCACAGACGACUUUCAAUAUUUUCAGCUUUAGAAGCAAAGUGGACGGUCUGUGGAGGAAAAGCGUGUUGUUUAAUGAGGUAGAAAUGUGUCGUGCGGUAGGCAUGGAAGCACAUUACGGAGGGACAGAACUUGCGGAGGCCCUUGAUUUUGCUAUUGCGUCACGUAACUGCGACCGCCCGACUGCCAUGUUUGUUCUCAUUGGCAGCGACAUACAUGCUUCCGUACGUCCUGACCCAUUCACGGUUGUCUCUAGAGCUGUGAAAGGCUGCAAGGCCAAUGCACAACUGAAGGUAUUUACUCUUGGGAUCGGUGAACAAGUCUCAUCUGAUUUGUGCGAGCGCCUUGCUCGUGAGGGCGGAGGCAAAUGUCUGUUUGCUAUCCAAACCGAGGAUAUCAUAGGGAAAUGUGCAAUGCUUCUCAAUGCUGGUCGGACACGUGAGAUCGAGAGUGUCAUAGUCGAUUGGCAUGGUUCGGGGAGCCCACCAGCUGUCAAUUUUUCACCCUUGAAUCACCACCACCCGCUUCCGCCCAGCGUUGUGCAGCUAGAACCUCCUCCUUCGAUGCAGCAAGGGCCGCCCACAAUCACAAGUAUAUUCCCAGGAAUGCGCCUCAAUGUCUUUGCGAUCACUACUUUUAGUUCAGUUCCUCGCAAAGUCCGGUUGCUUGCGAAAAUCAAAGGCUCGGGAGAGGUUCUCGACGAUCUCGUGCCUGUCACGGAGGUGAAACUAUUCAAGGACGAGUGGUCGCUCAUUCCACUCCUCCAUACCUUAGCUGCACGACAACUCGUAAAGGACUUGGUAGAGUGUAAGGCUCCCCUUCCCAAACCCAUCGCACCUGCUUCGGAUGAGGACGUUCGAAAUGCGGCGAUCGUUCGCUUAGGGCUUGAUUACCAGCUCGUUGACAAGUACACAUCCUUUUUUGCUGCGGAGUUCGGAAAAGGGACGACAAGGAGGCUGCGCCGGUCAAUGCCAUGGCAAAAGUCGUGGGAUACUCCAAGAACAGAUGUGUCCACUGUGCAGACCACUUUGGACAGCUUGUCUCAGGCGGUUUAUUCGGUGUUCAACUUUUUCUUUUCUGAUCCUCCCUCCGCACCUCGAAGACUUCAGACGCAGCUUCCCAGCAAGUAUCAUUCGGCUGCAUAAUCCCGCUCGGGCUCGCCAUCUAUUCGGACCGAAUGUUCAUAUCGACACGACAACUCAAGCAAGGACACUUUCUCUACAUUAAGCUCAUUAGAAGGCUCUUACACGAGUUCUCGAUGGUCUUACUCUCGGCCGUCCAGUCCUGUAUUUC